AUGCUGGACUUCUCCAAGGCUUGUGGCCACUACAUGGGAAAAACUGGCAGAGUUCUCUGUCUCUUUUCCUCCACACUCUGUCUUACCGGAGCCCUGAUUGUCUACUACGUUCUUCUGGUCAAUUUCGCCUAUAACACUGGCACCUUCAUACGCUGUGAGUGA